UCGAGGACACACGCCUUUUGCCGUUACGAGAAGAAGGAUCAAAUGGAUAAUCCUGGUUUUUUUCAGGGCCACAUAAGUCCACGAAUUUGGGAGCUCCAGGCAGUGGUGGUAAGAGAUCCAAAUCAUCAGACAAUGAAUCCUCCAUAUCAAAUGAAUCCGUCAAUCGUGAUUUUUCCUUUACUGAACCGGUAUCUGAAAGGCGUGGAAUAA